CACGCAGACGAACUAGACGACCAACUCUGAGCCAAUCUGGUUGGACCAGCUCACAACUUCCUUAUUUGGAAGGAAAAGAUGGCGGCUCGGAACGGGAAGAGCGGGCUGUUGGAGAAAUGGAGGAUCGACGAGAAGCCGGUGAAGAUCGAUAAGUGGGACGGAGCGGCGGUGAAGAACUCCCUGGAUGAUGCUGCCAAGAAGGUGCUGCUGGAGAAGUACGGUUACCUGGAGAACUUCCAGCUGGUGGACGGCCGUCUGCUGAUCUGUACGGUUUCCUGCCUGUUCGCCAUGCUGGCGCUGGUCUGGGACUACCUGUACCCGUUCCCUGAGUCCAGACCGGUUCUGGCCUGCUGCGUCAUCUCGUACUUCAUCAUGAUGGGCAUCCUGACUCUCUACACGUCCUACAAGGAGAAGAACAUCUUCCUUGUGGCCAUGCAGAAAGAUCCUGCUGGGAUGGAUCCGGAUCACGUCUGGCAGCUGUCGUCCUCCCUCAAACGGUUCGACGACCAGUACAGCCUCCGGGUGUCCUUCACCGACGGGAAGACGAAGAAGUCGCGGGACGCCGAGUUCACCCAGUCGGUGUCGACGUUCUUCGACGAGACCGGAACCCUGGUGAUGGACCAGUUUGAGAAGUACGUCUCCAAGCUGCACGACACGCUGGCGUCGGAGAAGAAGACCAAAUGAGACGGCGGCGCGCCGGUCAGGGAGGGUCCGCCGCCUCCACGCCUCGUUGGUUUCAGUUUGGUCUCGAACGUCAGACUCGCUUCGGUCCUUCUGGGUCAGAACUUCCAGGGUUCCACACGGUUCCCGUUCCUUUUCCCUGCGGCUCGCUUGGAGACGGAACAUCUCAGGUGGGUUUAAAGACGUCCACAUGGGGCUCACACCGCGAUGAUGUCACGGGGCGGAGCUUUCUGAGCAGGACGUCACUGAUUGGACGAACGGAGGUGAGGCCAACGUCUUUAAACAAAUCUGAUCAGCCGGUUCCUCCUGCGGCUCCAGGAGGAACCGGCUGAUGGAGCCGCCUGGAGCUCCAGGAAGAACCUGACGCAUCGAGUCAAACUGAAACCAACCGGCCGAGUGGAAGGAAGCAGGAAGACCCGAGUUUCCCAGCAGAAACCAAACCUGGAGAACAUCUGACCUCUGGGCCGCCGUCUUCCUGCUCCCAGUCUGAACUUCCUGCUUCGGUUCUCCAGAGGCAGCGUUGGACCAGCUUCAUCAUCCCCCCC